GUGUCAUGUGUGUCAUUAAUACGUUCGUAAACAACAUCUUUUCACUGUUUUGAAAAUCUUGUGCUAAUUUUGUUUGAUUAGUUUAACAUAAUAUGCUACAGCUGCUAGUGCACCACUUUGCUAUCGAAGACCGAUGGACGAAUUUAAAAAUUUAAAUUGGCUAUGGAAAGGAAGCGGAUCAGCAGCAUCAAGUCUGUACAAGAAACAAAUCUCGGACGAUGAAAAGGACAUAUUCUUUUGCCAUCUCAACGAAAUCGACCACAUUCACCUACUGGACAACUAUGGAUUGGGAAAUGAUUUGCCCACCGAAAAUAAGUUCAUCCGAACCGAUCCUCGUACCGGCCAAGAAGUAACGAAAGAGUUGUACUACCACGGUAAUCCUUCGAAAACGGUUCUGUUUGCCCAAUUUCCCGAACGAUCGUCGAUGAAUUCGCAACAGCACCAAUCGUGUUUGAAUGCAAUUGCAAAGCUGAGAGGCGAUCCGAGUGGUGUAUCGAUGAGCGAUCGCAAUGAUAUUCGAGUCUAUGGGCAGUUAACGAUCGAGCGGAACAGGGAGAAAGCGAAAUUUUACGAAUUCGUGAAAAGUGAAUUCUACAAACGGAACAUCAAGAACUGCUACGAUCUGCAGACCGAACUGAAUAAGUUUAUAACGAAACGAUGGCAGGAUGCGGUCCAGAGCGCAUCGACAGCGAACAACACUUGCUAUCAGUUACAAUCGGCUAUUCCUAUCAGUCGAGCGGAUAGUGAUGGUGAUGCGACGGUCGAACACGAAAAAACAAUCAAGCAAACGGGUGUCGUAUUGAUGGUGAACCCCAAUAAGUACCGAAAUCUCGUACGGUUGAGCUGUCCGUUUUUGAACCAUUUUUUUUCGAACAUUACGGAGAUCACAUUGGAUCCACUAGACGACUCAUUCAUACAAAGUGAAUCAAUUGACGUUGUCAUCAGUCUAAAGACUCUCGCAGCAAUAUUGAGUUCUGCCAGAAUUCUAUCGACAGAUUGGAAUGUUACGUUCACCGUCAAAACGUACGAAGACAAGAACGUCGUCAUCUUUGAUGACCUGUUGCCGGCACUGUCAUUGGGUUGUUUGGAGAAGAACCGGCUCGCUUUCAUGCACGCCGUUAAGGCGAACAUUGUUGUUCCGAAGAAGAACGAGGUGUUUUCAUUCGAAACCAAUCAGUUCGUCGAACGAGUCGAUAGGACAUUCGAUCCAAAUUUCAUACGCCAGCCACAACCGCUGGAAGAGUCCGUAUCCAAUUAUAAAAUCUGGGAAUACGAAGAAUAUUUGCAGAAGUUCGGCGCAUCGGUUCCAUCAAGCGAGAGUCUCACUUUGGACACAAAUCGCACACGCCGUUUGUGGAAGGUGAAACGCAACAACGUCGACUGUUGUCGCUUGGUGGUCGACAGCAGCCAGGAUUAUUGCGAAAAACAGAAGGACGGCACUGUAAAGCACGUCAAUUUGUCACCGAAGCUAGAAUAUCAGUGCGAAUUCGGAGCCGAACAAAUGACUCUGGCGGAAUUGAUAGCAGAAUGGUGUGCAUUACGGUUCGGUCCCGAUACGAUAACUCAUCGAGUUCGUAUUAAUGCCAGCACAGGAGGUGUUACCGACAUGAAAGUGAUAACAAUUAGUGACGUUGAAUAUGACCUGCAACGACUGUAUCGAGUCAAAAGUGAAACGCUACUGGUACCGCUAUUGAACUGCAUUGAAAAAAUCAAACAAUUUCCCGCCAAUGAAUAUUUGCUCAGUCAUCUGGGGAAACAUAACGCUCAAGCGAUGGUCUAUGUUAAGUCUAUCGGGACAAGCUCCGGCAACACAAUCCGAAUAGCUGAUCUCUACAAAUCACGUGAAUCAGACUCUUCCACCCACCUAGAGACGAUAGAAUGGAAUCCAAUUGACGACACAAUAUGCACGGCUAUUCAUUCGGCGGUGAUGCCAUGUGCAUUUAAUCAUUGGGUCAACGGUAAAAAGCGAGGCGUAGCUGCUCCGUCCAAUGAUCGAUUGCUGAUGGUGGAGAAAGCUCUGCGAAAGGACCGGGAAAAGGAGGAAAAGGAACAAACCAAACAGAAUUUGAUCAAGAAAAGGCAAGGAGAGAAGAAGAAUCGCAAAGCGAAUCACAAACGGAAGCUUCUACAGGCAAAACGACCGAAAUUCGAGGGCGAAUCACUCGAUCCGAAUGUGUUGUUCGACGAGCAAGGGAACAUAAAUAUCUUAGAUCUGGUCAGCAGUGGUUAUGCCGGGGAAAAUCAUCAGUCGGGCGAACAGAAUAGUUUAUCGGAAUCGGUGUGCCUUGAGACGUAUUGCAGAGAUGCGGGCACUGUUCCUGACGAUUCCAUUGAAGGCUAAUUGACCGGACACACUGUGAUAUUGACGACAAUAAAUUUUGUUUAUUUUAGC